AAAUUGAUAAACUUAUUGAUAUUUUGUAAUAUUUCUUCGACGAGAAAGUUUUAUUUACUGCUGACAUUAAUUUGUUUUACGUUGGCAGUUUUUAUUGUCAACUUCCCAUCAAUUUAAUUUCAAUCGUCAAUUAAUACUGCUGCACGCAUCGAAAACCGCUCCGACAAACUUAGAAUAUUCAGUCAGUUUUCGAUUCGAAUUUUGGAAGACCUAUUUGUAAGCGAUUAAACAUGGCUGCAUCGGGCAAUUCUACCGUGCAGUUGCCAAACAAAGGAUUGACGCCCCAAGAAAUAGAAGCUAAUAAGGUUGUUCAUGUCACAGAGGACCAAGUGAGUGAAGGGACGCAAUGUUCAAUUUGCCUUGAAAAAUUUAUCCUGAACGAGGAAUGCCGUGAAACAUCAUGCGGCCACUUAUACCACGGCCAUUGCAUUGGUCAUUGGUUGACGCUGACGACAACCUGUCCCUUGUGCAGAACGGAUUUGAGGGAUAGUCAGAGACCAUUCACCCCGGUCCGUUUGGAUUUUUGGUUUGAAGACGGAAGCGACUACGUUUCUGAAGGCUUCGUCAGCGACACUAGUGACAGCGAUGGCGACGAAGUAAAUAUCCAAGUCAACAUUGAUAGACGUUAAUGUAAACCAUUAUAAAUAUAUUUGUAUGGCCCCUAACCAUAAAAUAAAAUUUAUUUAAAAUGUU